AGGGGGGGGGGGGGGGGGGAGAAGACAGAUUACUUGGUGCCGUGAUAAUGAGGGGAAAGAAUAACAGUUGGAAAGCAUUAAACGAGAGGUGGCAUUGUCCGGGUUGAUGGAGUUUUUGUCUCUCCCUCGCUCUCUCUUUCCCUCCCACAUGCGCAGGCACACACACACACACACACACACACACACACACACACACACCCCGCACUCUCUCCGUGGCACUGGCCCUUGGGAGUCUGCUCCAGCUCAGCCAAGAUCAGCUUUAAAAUACAUAUAUAUGUAUGUACACACACAUAUAUACACACAUAUAUACAUAGAGCUAUCAGACCUGGCUUAAAGGUUUAGACAAAACUGGAGAAUUUAAAAAUAGAGGAUACUGGGGCUCAUAAAUGAGCCGAUUAUAAUUCGUAUUUCCCACAGUACUCCUAAGGAAAUGAGGACAAGCUGCCACCUUCAUGAGGGUUGGCAGCAAGGAGGGGAUCCGGGCGCCCAGGAAUGUUGUGGAGUGUUUGAUUGAGCACACUGAUUUCCAGAGAUUUAAUUAGAGCUCAGUAACAUCCUGCAUGGGUCAGCCCUUCCCAAAAUGAGGAGGAGGGAGGGUGCAACAUCACUAGGCAGCAGCACAAGCACCCUGGCAGCACCCUUUGGGGACAUCCCUCCCUUGGCAAGAAAGGAGCCCAAGUCUCGGCCCUUCUCGUCUCCAGCAGCUCGCUGCUUCCCACUGCGCAGCCAGGCAGGAGGCGGCUGUGGCUCGGCGCGGCUCUACUCGGCUGCAGGGGGCUCCCCAGUGCCGUGCUGCUCGGCACCGUAUGGGCUCUCGACUGCAGAACUGCAGGGCAUUCCCCCCACGCAAGACUUCCACGCAGAGAAGCAUCUCCCUUACCCAUACGUAUUCCCGCACUGUGAUUUCCCAAGGAAAGAAGAGGUCGAUAAUGGAAAGCCUACAAUAGCCCCCUCCCUUGCCUUGUCUACAGCCCGCCCGGGGAGAAGAGAGAUUUCAGCUUUCCUGGAAAAGCGCUGUGUGCGCAGAGCUGCAUCCCUGUGUCCGCAGAGCCGUGCUCGUAAUCAGUCUCAGCCACUACAACUUGAUGGCACCCGGCAACUCCGUGGGGGGUUCUAUUGCAGAAAAGUUUUUUGCAAGGUUGCACAUAGAAGAAAAUAACAUCCUUGACACAAAUCUCUGGGAAUUUUAGCUUGAAUUGCCACUAAUCUAGAAAAAAAUAAAACAAAAUAAAGCAGAUUGAGCCUCCGGAGGAGCGCGGAGCAGCCCCAUGCAGCACCCUGGAGAGCAGCCGGCCCGCCUCUGGAUGCCUCUGUUGUUUGUGUCUGUGCCUGCUGAUGUGCUUGUAUGCUUGUUAGUGUGCCUGUGAGUUCACACACACACACAUCUGUGAGCAUAAGCUGUUGCUCGUAUGCCUGCUCGCAGCUGUUCAGGUAAAUGGAAACCAGUAAUCAACUGAACAUCUGGUGUGUUGUACUUUGUGAGGCCACGUCUUUUGUUAUUAAUGCAUCCCUUGGAAGGUGACUGUUUGCAGCAAGCCAGAGAGGGCUGCUUCUGUGCACUGCAUAAACCCAUUUGCCAGAGUCAGUGGCUUGAAAUGAGGAAGAUUUCAUAGUGUCCUUUAAAAGUGUAAGGGAAGCUUGAACACGCCCUGAAGAACAGAGUAAUAUGAAACUCAGGAUUAUGAAAACAUAAUUUCCACCUAGGCUUCAAGCAAAUGGUUAUGUUAUUACAAAAAUGUCUGUGGAAUUUUUCUGUACAGAUUCUCAGCCACUAGAAACCUACUCACUUCACUCCCAUUAUACAUGGGGCUAAAGUCUGGUCAUAGGAAGGCAGAUGUUAGGCAAAUAAUGUGCUUCUUUUCAUUUUAAUUACCUAGGAAAUGACUGGGGGCAUUUCAAAUGUCAGUUUUUCUCAGGGAAGCUAGAACCUUGUCAGAGCUCCAGGGGCUCCAGAGGAGCAUCAAGGAAUGCUGGAUUAGUGGAGAGAUUUAAAGAGGGCCACCAUUCUGAGAGAAAUGUUUUGACAUGAAUAUUAUUUUAUGAAGAGGUUCAUGAAUGCAUCUUCAUCAGGUAUGGAGCCAAGGGCUCUGGGUGCUCUUUAGGCACUUCAAGCACAUGAACCAUAAACUCCUUCAGGGUAUCUCUCUAGGCACUUCCCCUAGGUACUGGCAGUUCUGCCAUAAAACUUGUUCAAAGUCACUCUAGUACUGAUACUUCUCACCUCAACACACAUACAUAGUGCAUGACUGUAUUCCAAAGCAUAGGAAUCUUGAUACAGAACUGCUAAAUUGCAUUCCCUCUAUAUAUGUGUGUGUGUACGUGUAUAAAUCUCUCUACUUCUGUAGGCAACUUGAAUCAAUCCUGACAGAAAACUAAAACAGGAUAAUGAAUACAAUCCUUCUGGGGGUGCAGGAGUUUCAGCCCACACUCUGUGUUCCCAAUGACAGUUUUGCCUUGGGAUGCUCAUUUUCUCUGACUUUUCACUCCUCAAACUGUUCUACUUUGUGUCUUACUGGAGCAGUGACUGUUACAGGAGAAGAACUUGAAACUUCAUUGCCUGUUUAAAUGGUUUAAGGUUGUGAUGCCUACUCAGCUGAGAUGGGUAUUCAAAUAGUAACAAUAAUGAUAAAUUUCUUUUAAAGCAGAUAUAACAAGAGCGAUCCAUUAACAUUCCUGGAUAUCACCUUCUUCUUAGUGCCCAGUGAACUGUUUUUGUAUCAGAAUGAAAGAAAUCCCAUUUGUUGUGUCUUCUGGGGCAAAUAACACUCAUCAUGGUCAGGAACAAUACAGCUCUGUCUUAUGCUUCUCCCUUCACUCACUGGUGAUAACACAAGUGACACAAUAACUAGGGCUUUGCACUGCACAGAGUCCUGCACCUCCAGAGACAGAAGUGCUUCUAUAAUUAGGCAUGAUACUGAGUAAUUACCUCUCACAGGGAGCAAGGCUUACUGACUAAGAUAAAACUGCGUGCUAUUGAAACUCUCUGCUUUCAGUACCUGAACUGGUAUCUCCCCAGUCACUGCAGAUCACUGAGUGAUGUGUCAUGUCUCAGAGGGUCAGCUGGACAUUUCUGCAUCACAUUCCAUUGUCCUCUGUAGAUGUGGCUCUAGAAAUACAUCUCGAAUUUGUUUCAUUUGCUCUUCAAACUGAGUUUCAUAGUUGUUGUCUCUACAAUGUUUACUUCUGCUUUACAUUUGGAAUUUCUUUUGAAGUCUUUGGUGUUAUUCACACUCAUAGAAGUAGAGAAGUAAAGAAUUCCCAAUCUGUAGACUGGCAAUAAUGGCCAGAAUUAAGUAUUUCCACAGAAAUAGCAAAGUAGUUGCUCCCAUAAGUGUGAAAUUAUCUACUUCCUUCAUGAAGUCUCUUUCUAAACAGAGAACUACAGAUGCAUGUUCUCCUACAUGGUUUUUCUUAUCUCUUCUACUAUUUAUCUUAGCAUUAAUUACUACAACUUAGAAUAUUGCUGGCAUGCCUAGAAAUGUCCUGUUCUUCCUUGUACCUUAUGGAAUUUUUCAGUUUCAAGGUCACCCUUGACCUGCGAAUUACAGUGCAAUUAUGUCUUCUACAGUUCAAUUAACUUUGUGAAAACUGUAUUUUCUUUUAUCAGUUUUGAAGCUGAUACCUUUCAGUUCACCUCUGAUGGCCUCCAUCAUACUUUUGUGUCUCAAGAGGCAAGAACAAUUUUCCAUCUACAUAUCGGGUUUAUUCACUGGAUCUUUAUUCAUAUUAUUUCCUAUGCAUUUUCUUUCUAAAGCUAAGAACUCUCUCUCUCUCUCUCUUUUAUUUUCUUUUUUUUCUUU